UUUCGCACUAGCCGCACAACCGACGGAUCGGCGUAAAUGCGCUCUUAUCUACCGACUACAGGUACCGACUACAAAGACACUGAUGUCUCAGCUGUGCUCUUGCAGAACGCCUUCCCAAUAGCCUAAAUAACCGCUACGUCACCUGUCAUCGUUUUAAUCAACGCUUUUUAAAUGCAAAAUGAAAUCGCCAUGGAGUUGCAGUGGACCCCUCCGUUUGGAAGCGUGGCCGUGGUUACUGAGCUUGGCUGUCCUCCGGACCCUCUGCCUCCCCACUAAUGAAGUGGACCUCCUGGACUCUCGGACUGUGAUGGGAGACCUGGGCUGGGUGGCCUACCCCAGGAACGGGUGGGAGGAGAUAGGGGAGGUGGAUGAGAACUAUGCCCCCAUCCACACCUACCAGGUGUGCAAGGUGAUGGACCAGAACCAGAACAACUGGCUGGUGACCGGCUGGAUCCUCCGCGGGGGGGCUAGCCGGGUGUUUGUGGAGCUUCAGUUCACCCUACGGGACUGCAACAGCCUACCCGGGGGGGUGGGGACCUGCAAGGAGACCUUCAACAUGUUCUACUUCCAGACGGACCAGGAGGAACCCCCGGGCCUGAGGGAGAACCUGUUCUCCAAGGUGGACACCAUCGCUGCCGACGAGAGCUUCACCGAGCUGGACCUGGGCGACAGGGUCAUGAAGCUCAACACGGAGGUCCGCGACCUCGGACCUCUGACCCGGAAGGGUUUCUACCUGGCCUUCCAGGACCUGGGCGCCUGCAUCGCUCUGGUGUCGGUGCGCGUGUUCUACAAGCGCUGCCCGCCGGUCGUGAGGAACCUGGCCCGCUUCGAGGACACCAUCCCCGGGUCGGACCCGUCACGGCUGCUGGAGGUGGCGGGGACAUGCGUCAACCGCUCGCUGACCCUGGAGCCUCCCAGGAUGCACUGCAGCGCGGAGGGGGAGUGGCUGGUGCCCAUCGGGAAGUGUGUGUGUGAGGCGGGCUAUGAGGAGAUCAACGGAUCCUGUCACAUGUGUAUUGCUGGGUUCUUCAGGUCAGUGCUCCAGUCUCCAGCGUGUAGUAAGUGUCCUCCCCACAGCUACACACGUGAGCAGGGCUCCAGCACAUGCGUGUGCGAGGACGGCUUUUACAGACGAGAUUCCGACCCCCCCAUCAUGGCCUGCACAAAGCCCCCCUCUGCUCCACGAAAUGCCAUCUCCAACGUCAAUGAGACCAGCGUGUUCCUGGAGUGGGCCGUCCCCAUGGAGACGGGUGGGAGGAAGGACCUGAGUUACAAUGUCCUGUGUCGGCGGGUCAGCACUGACCAGCGGCGGUUCGAGGAGUGCGGCGCGGGGGUCCGCUUCCUUCCGGGGCGCCUGGGACUGAGGAACAGCUCUGUCAUGGUGCUGGACCUCCAGGCUCACGCCAACUACUCCUUCCUGGUGGAGGCGGUCAACGGCGUGUCCGAGCUGACCAAUGACCGGACCACGCGGCAUGUCUCUCUCAAUGUCACGACCAACCAGGCAGCCCCCUCUCCGGUCAGCGUCCUGAGGAAGAGCAGUUCAGGGAGGAGCAGCAUCUCUGUGUCGUGGGAGGAGCCUGGUCAACCCAACGGCAUCAUCCUGGAGUACGAGAUCAAGUACUUUGAGAAGGACCAGGAGACCAGCUACACCAUCAUCAAGUCUCGGGAGACAGAACAGGAAGUUGGCGGUCUGAAGCCUUCCUGUAUGUACGUGUUCCAGGUGCGGGCUCGUACCUCAGCAGGCUAUGGAGCGUUCAGCCGCAGGUUCGAGUUUGACACCAGCCCCUACUUAGCACCCUCCACUUCCCAGAGCCAGGUUCCCAUUGUCGUGGUGGCCAUCACUGUUGCUCUGGUGCUGCUGGCACUGGUCACAUGGUUCCUGCUCAGCGGCCGGCGGUGUGGCUACAGCAAAGCCAAGCAGGAUCCGGAGGAGGAGAAGAUGCACUUCCACAAUGGUCAUAUCAAGUUCCCAGGGGUGCGCACCUACAUCGACCCCCAUACCUAUGAAGACCCCAACCAGGCCGUUCACGAGUUCACCAAGGAGAUAGAUGUCUCCUUCAUCAGCAUAGACAGAGUCAUAGGGGCAGGUGAGUUUGGUGAGGUGUGCAGCGGGCCCCUGCAUCUCCCGGGUAAAAGGGAGAUUGUCGUGGCGAUAAAAACCCUGAAGGCGGGGUAUAGUGACCAGCAGAGGCGGGACUUCCUGGGGGAGGCGUCAAUCAUGGGCCAGUUCGACCACCCCAACAUCAUACACCUGGAGGGCGUGGUCACCAAGAGUAAGCCGGUGAUGAUCAUUACUGAGUACAUGGAGAACGGCUCACUGGACACCUUUUUGAAGAAGAAUGACGGCCAGUUCACGGUGGUCCAGCUGGUGGGCAUGCUGCGUGGCAUCGCCUCGGGCAUGCGCUACCUGUCAGACAUGGGCUACAUCCACCGAGACCUGGCGGCACGCAACAUCCUGGUCAACAGCAACCUGGUGUGUAAGGUGUCCGACUUCGGCCUGUCCAGAGUCCUGGAGGACGACCCGGAGGCUGCAUACACCACACGGGGUGGUAAAAUCCCCAUUCGCUGGACGGCCCCUGAGGCCAUUGCCUACAGAAAGUUCACCUCAGCCAGUGACGUGUGGAGCUACGGGAUCGUCAUGUGGGAAGUGAUGUCAUACGGAGAACGACCUUACUGGGACAUGAGCAACCAGGAUGUAAUCAAGGCGGUUGAGGAGAGUUACAGGCUUCCUGGACCCAUGGACUGCCCUGCUGCCCUGUACCACCUCAUGAUGGACUGCUGGCAGAGGGAAAGGAGCAGCCGGCCUAAGUUUGAGGAGAUCGUCAGCCUGCUGGACAAGCUCAUACGCAACCCCAGCUCCCUCAAGGCCCUGGUCAACUCCUCUCACAGGAUGUCUAACCUGCUGGUGGAGCAGGUGAGCGUGGAGGGCGGAGCCCCGCAGUCCGUGGGGGCGUGGCUUGAAAGGAUCAAGAUGGGGCGUUACACAGAGCUCUUCUUGGAGGCGGGCUACUCCUCCCUGGAGCUGGUGGCUCACAUGACCUCAGAUGACGUGCGGAGGGUGGGGGUAAAUCUGGCUGGACACCAGAAGAAGAUCAUCAACAGCAUCCAGGAGAUGAGAGUCACCAUGAUGAACGCUCCUGUCCCUGUCUGACACACACACACACACACACACAGGUCGAAAGGAUGUCGUGUUCAGACGGAUGAACAGCAUGGACCUAGUGGUUUGGCACUUUCUACAUGACUUUGUAUUUAUUUCGGGAAUCCAACAAGACCAGACGUUUGGACGGCAGUGUCGGUCUGAGCAAUGGACAGACUGGAUGCAGACAAGAAGUUCUACUGUCAGAGACAGGAAGCACACAGAUAAGGUAUGGCCCACUCGUUUUGGGCUGAAUGUAUAGCACUGCAGAACCUUGCAAUACCUCUACACACCUUACAGAACCCUCAGUACUUCAGCGGAACCCUCAGCACCCUCAGUUGAACCCUCAGGAUUCUAGCAGAACCUCAAGGUUCCAAAUGAACCUACAGACUUUUACCAUAAUUUCCAAUUUCCCGCAUUCACAUCCAGGAUUCCAUUAGAGCCCUUCAUGAUUCCCAGAAGAACCAUUCAGAGCUUCAAAAGAAUCCUCCAGGUUUCCAGUAGAACAUUCCAGAAUUCCAACAGAACAUCCAAUGAUGCAGAGAGGAAUAUGUCCUGUAAUUCCACUGUACAAUCAGUCUGACAGACCACUUCCUGGUCUCCAGACCUGCUAGCAGCUUCAAGCUUCCCAGUAUGAAGAAGCAAUAAUGUGUUUCAGCAUCAUAACGUAUUCAUUAAUAACUUUUUAUCAUAUAAAACAGUGUACAUGUGUCGUAUUGAUUCAUGUGUUGUAGAUGGCUGAUAAACUAGGACAUCUAUCAGAAUCCAGAUCCAUCAACUCAACACACACAGAGAUGAGACGCUAUCUAUCUGUAUGAAUACACUCUGCUAACAUGUAUAUACAGUAUAUAGUGUAUGGUUUAACAUGGGAGCUUCUUCUACACCCUCAUUGGCUGUAAGGUUUUUCAGCCGGAAGAGAGAGAGGAAAGACAGAGAGGUCGUUGAAGAGAGGUAGCUGACAGUGUCCACAGCAGAUGUGAGCCGGUAGAUGGAGCUGAGCUGAGACUGAGUGUGUGUUCGUUACUGCUGACAUGCCACAGUGUUGUGGGCGAUGUGUUGUUAAACAGAGAUUGUAGAAGUCUGACCAGAGUUGCUCGGCCAGGCGUGACUGUGUCCAACGCACAGCCAUUUAUACGGACCAGGAAGGAAUGUAACGGUCGCUACGUGACUACAACUCACUGAAGGAUUCUAGGACCUAGAGUGUCGUCAUGAGACGUGUACUGUAGAAGGAUGAUGGGACAGAUGAGUUGGGAGGGGAUGUCAUGCUGCCUAUUUGAGUUGCACUUUAUCAAAAGUACAGCCGUUUUUAUUUGAUGAAGUAACACAAAGAGAUCAUUGAAGUAAUGUUUGUUUGUCCUUGGUGGAUACCAUGUGGUGUGUGUCUUAAUUAUUAUUAUAUAUAACCGAUAUGUACAAAUCAGUACUGAACAUUUACCUAUGAACUAGAAUUCACAUGAUUAAGCACAAUAUGUUUGCUGCAUAUUUUGACCAACAAUAGUGCAGUAGACUAAGGUGUUAGCAAAUGGGUCCAUACAGGUGUAGUUAGCAGAGCACAUGGUGUUGAGUGGUGCUUGGUGGUGUUGGUUGGUGUUGGGAUGUUGUGGGUGGUGCUGGGUGGUUUUGGGGUCCUGGGUGAUGCUGAGAGGCGAUGUCUGUGACUGGUGCUCUAUAAAUCACUGGCCCAUAUUUACCUGGUACAAGGAAAUACCAUGGCACGGAAAGAGACAAGCACCUCAAACAAGGCCUGAGCCAUCAGAGAUCGAGUGUCUUGUAUUUGUUCAUUGUUGACAUCAAUGGAUUAUCUCUCCUUUUUAAGAAAUCACGUGGAGAUGUUUCAAGGCAGUGAUGUAACAGUGAUGUAACAGUGGCACUGAGAGGACUCGGAGAUGGAACUGAGAGCAGGCUCCAGCUCCUGUUACCCUCGUCCUUCCUGAAGGAUAAAAGCACUCAGAGAUAAAAGCCACCAGUUUAGCCACGACAAAGGGAGGGAGAGUGAAAAAGCACAAAAUAUGCAACCUGAGCAGGACAGGGUAGGUGUGGUGGGAGGGAAUCUGGAACGGGCGGUCACACACACCCUGGUUCGAGCUGGACUCUUAUCCUGGUUUCAGAGGGCAGCAAGAGCACAGUUUCUAGAACAAAAAGCUGUUUUUAGCACCACAAUGAACCAGAAUUGAGAUCCGCUGUUUAUCCAGGCUCAGUUGGUAAACUGGUGCUGAUGACAUCUUUUUGCCAGGUGUGAAGCGGAACAGGCAGUUGGUGUUUCUUCAGUCAGUAUGAAUGACAUUCUGUGAGCACCUUUGAAAACGGCUUUUUAUCAGGAGUAUGAGGAUUCAUUGUUUACUAAGACCAGCACACCACCAUGAAUAGCAAUGCAACUAGCACUAGACUGUAUGUGUUCCAUUUUAAUGUAACCUAUUUAAAUCUACUUUAAAGCAAGCAAUCCCAUUUGUACAAAAUGCCAUUGGAUCUAUUUGGUUUCAGUUGGAAUUAUUAAGAUGAAUUUAGUGGAACUUUGAAUUGUCAUAACAAUCUGACAACUUAUUCUUACAACUUAUUCAGACCUGGGUGAGUCACACAGAUAGUUACGACAAAUUAAAUGUCUGAUGAAGAUGACCAGAUUUGAGUCAGUUAAAUAGCAGUACCAACCAAUCCAAAUCAUUCUGAACUGGACUGGUGUGCGUUUGGAUCAGUGGAAACAGGGUUGGUUUAGAUAUCAGUGUGGUUUCCAGACCUGUGCCACAACCCUCCGCCCAUGAGUCUGGACAGCCGAACACCUUGAGCCAAUGAAAACACAGGAUGAAAAACACAAAGAAAAAAAAAAUAGCUGUUGUGCUGUUUCUUUGUCUUCUUUAUGAAACCGUUUAUGUAUUUUGUUUGUGUCAAUGUUUUUGUAGUGUAAAAUAUCAAAUUAUAUAUUUUUCCAAUA